AUGUCGAGAAACGCCGAUCCGCGGUUGAUUGGAAGUCCCGGUAGCGAUUCAGGGAGUCCACGACAUUUAUCCACAUCCUCGCCUCCCGGCCAAGAACUCUCUUCGUCUGCGCCUGCGCCUUCGUCGUCUUUUUCGCCUGAUACCAACAACUAUGAUACCGCCCUGCCGCCCAUCAGCAAUUUCACCCAAUCUCCCAUAGCGCACCGUCGGACAGGAAGCACCCUGAAGACCGUCAUGCGCAAGAUCUUCACUCGGAAAAGGCAGAGCCAGCCGGAGUGGCUGGAGGAAAGCCCCCAUGAGGCUCAUUAUUCGGCGUUAUCGCCUCGAAAGUCCGGGCCUGAGGCAGAGGGGAAGUCGUUUCUGGUUAUUCCCACGCCCACGCCUCCCUCAGAGUCGAAACGCAGUAGUCCUCUUUCAGAGCAGAAUCUGAAUCUCGCGGAGCGUCAUCUGUCUCCCACGACGGCCAGCCACAGCCCAUUGGGAUCCCCGGGCUUUCCUCCGCGCCGCCGGCGGGCUACACUACCCAGUGUGGUCUUCUCUGACGAUGAAUCUCGGUACGACGAGGUGGCUCCAAGUGCGGUUUCUGACCCGCAGGAUGAUUGCUCGUAUAUGCCGGACCCGUCGCGGCCACCGAGUAUGCUGCACGCUCGGAGGCGAUCAAGAAGUACAGAGGCCCUACGAAGACUUGCGAGCGACGAUAGCACAUCCACUCCGUUCCCCUCCAAGCCCCGGCACACCAGACAACCCAGUUCCAAGACGCCGAGGGGAUCCAGCUCUGCUAGUGGCCAGUCUCGCAGACCGUCCACCGGAACAGCGGUGACCAGUGUCACUCGCGGAUCUGCGGAUCCAUCGCUCCCCGACUCAGACCAGCACGCCGAGCAAAUCAGCCUGCCCCCGAAUGUCGGCAAUCUAGUGCAUACCAUGCAGCAAGACGAUAGCCUCACUCUGGAGCAGCGAUUGACCACGCUUGAGGUCAAGUUAAUCGACCUCGAAUUCGCCAUUGCCCGAAUGCAAUCCCACUCCAUCGACAGUUCCACCAACAGCGCAGAGCGAUCCUCAAGACAGAAACACGCCCCUCCUCCAGACCCGUUCUCCCCUUUCAUGCGCAACAAACCAUCCUUCCUAGGGUCCGAGGACCGUGACAACUCCCCCAGUCCCAUGACAACCACCAUGCCUGGCGGUGGUCGCCCACUAAGCACAGCAACCAUCCGCCCAGAGACAAUGCAGUCCCGAACCGUCCGCGCAGCAACAUCAACGACCUCCCUCUCGGACUACAACGGCGUCUCAAUCGAACAAUACAGCGCCCUAAUCACUCUCCUGCGCCGCGAGCAGACCGCCCGUCGGAACCUGGAAACCCAAGUCGCGGGUCUGCGCGACGAUAUCCGCCAUGUGCAACGCGCGGCUCUGCACUCCAUGGAGCUGGGCACUAUGUACCCGAUACAUAGUGCCGAGUCCCAGGAGUUCUUGCGCUUUCGUCGCGCGCUCGAUGACUCAGAUACAUCAUCGCCUAUCCAUGCGUCGGAUGAGAAACCCAAUGGGGGCACUUUUGAUAGUGACUCUGAUUGGGACCGUUCGGAUAGUUUGCAGCGCGAUGAUCCGUUUGGGUAUCCCAAGUGGGAACGGGGCCAACGGGUUGUCACGGCUCCGAUGAUUUGA